CUUCUUCUCUGCAUAAUAACAGCUACUGAGAAAAACAUACUCGAGCAAGGAUUAAAUCAGAUCAUUACAGAGGCAGAAUAGGACAUGAAUAGUAUUUUCCGACUGAAGAAAUCAGAAUAGCUAGAAUUCGUCUUCGCGGGAUCGCAGAAAGACAGAAGAGAAUCACUAUGUUAAGUUUGAAAUCGACGGCUUACAGGUUCUUUUCCGAUUAGUCCCGGACUGUUUGAUCGAUCAGUCGAAAUCAUAAAUGUCUCAUUUUCUGUCCAAUUAAUGGGAGUUAUGCACCUGUUUGGAGCAAAAGUUAGGGUUUCAACCCCCAUUUUGUUAUCCCGAUAGAUUUUCCAGAUUGCUACUGGAAAACAGAGCAGGAGGCUUUAGUUGGUCGGAGGUGUUUGUCAUGCGAUUUUCUAGGUCAUCGUCGGUGGAAGGGAGAACAAAGGAUAAUAAGCUUGGGAGUUUUAGGGUUAAGAGGAAACACAAGAGGAUAGAGUCUAUUUGUGAAAAGGCCUAUACUCUGAACCAUAGUGCGGUUGCCAGGGAGGUGCCUGUUGAGUGUAGCAAUGCUGGAGAGAGUGAACAUGAGCUCCGGCGGAGCACUAGGGUCCGAAAGGCUCCCGUUUUACUUGAUUCUUCUCCUCCUCGUCCCAAAAAGCGAACAAAGGUUGAAGAGAGGGGCAGGGUGAGUGGUGUUGAUAUAGAAGAAGAUGGAAAGCAGUUUGAGAUGUCGUGCUCAACAUCUAGGGGUUUCGCUGAGCAUUCUAGUGGCUGGAGAUCAAGGCUGAGAUCCAGGCCUGGAAAUGCAAGUUUUAUUUUAAGAGCGAAGGGGAAGACCUCACCAGCAUUUAGAAGAGAGGCUGUUGAGAACUUGGGAAAGCUCAAGGGAAAAUCAAAGGUGGAGGCUGAACUGUUUGAUGACAAUCAAGAACGGAAGGUAUGUGGGAGAUUGACUGCUGUUAAGUCAAAUACACCCGGAAGAGUUAAAGCUUCAAGUUCCUUUGACAACCGGGAUGUUGAUUUGGGUGGUAGUAUGGAGGGUGAGGAAUUGAUAAAUGCAGAACAAACAAAAAUGAGUGAGAAGGAAGACAUGUUCACAAUUGACAUUUUUGUGCCUCAAGUAGAGGAAAAUUUGAUAAACACGGAAGCAGUGCUAGAAGAAGUGAAUGGAGAAGAUCUUCCACUGAACAGAGAAAGUAAUAAGGUAGUAAAGGAUGCGAGUGUGCAUUCACCAGCUGUCGAUCAGGAAGAUGGAGCAGAAAUGCUUUCAAACUGCAAGCAGUGCACAUUUUCAGAUCAUGUAGAACACAGGGAUCAGGAUAUGCGGGUAGAAAGGUGUUCCUGCUUUUGGUCAGGAGACCAAAGGAGUGCCUUACACACUGGCUUGGUCAGUGUUGGUGAAAAAGUAAAUGAUAAUGUUAGUAGAGUCACUUAUAAACAUUCAAAAGUAGGAUGUGAUGAAGUGAGAAAAGAUGCAGAAGAUGGCAUUAUCUUCUACAGAAGAAAGGGUAAGAAUUCGUGUGAUAAACCUCAAGGAAACCAGGGGAGGAUUGAUGUUCCAAGAAAGAUGAAGAUAAAAGAAGGAAGACAUUGUGGCUUGUGUGGAGGAGCUACAGAUGGAAAACCUCCCAGAAAGCUAGUACAUGAUGGAGCUCUAAGUGAUAAUGAGGCACAUAGCGAAUCUUCUGCUUCUGAUGAACAUGGUUAUGAUGUUUGGGAUGGUUUUGGCGAUGAACCAACCUGGCUUGGACGCCUCCUGGGCCCUAUAAAUGAUCGUUUUGGUAUUGCUGGAAUUUGGGUUCAUCAGCAAUGCGCUGUAUGGAGUCCAGAGGUGUAUUUUGCUGGUUUAGGACGCAUGAAAAAUGUUAGGGCAGCACUUAGCAGGGGACGGGUUUUGAAAUGCAGUCGUUGUGGCAGGACUGGAGCAACCAUUGGAUGCCGUGUUGAUAGAUGUCCAAAAACCUACCACCUGUCAUGUGCACGAGCCACAGGUUGCACAUUUGAUCAUCGCAAGUUUCUCAUAGCUUGUACUGAUCACGGACAUCUAUUCCAACCACAUGGAAGUAAACAUCUGCGCCAUCUAAGGAAAAUGAAAGCUAAGAAGUUGAAGUUAGAGCUGAGGAAGGCAUCUAAUGAUGCAUAUCGCAAGGAUGUUGAAGCAGAAGAAAAGUGGAUUGAAAAUUGUGGUGAGGAUGAAGAAUUUUUGAAACGUGAGAGCAAGAGGCUUCAUCGAGAUUUAUUAAGAAUUUCUCCUGUAUAUAUAGGAGGCUCUAACUGUGAUAGUGGUGCUGAGUUUCAAGGUUGGGAAUCCAUUGCUGGGCUUCAAGAUGUCAUCCAGUGCAUGAAGGAGGUGGUCAUCUUACCACUAUUAUACCCAGAAUUUUUCAGCAGUCUUGGGCUCACACCUCCUAGGGGUGUCCUUUUACAUGGAUACCCUGGGACUGGUAAAACAUUAAUUGUACGCGCACUUAUUGGUUCAUGUGCUCGAGGUGAUAAACGCAUAGCAUAUUUUGCUCGAAAAGGAGCAGAUUGCUUGGGAAAGUAUGUUGGUGACGCUGAGCGACAAUUGAGACUUCUGUUUCAGGUUGCGGAAAAAUCUCAACCUUCUAUCAUUUUCUUUGAUGAAAUUGAUGGCUUGGCUCCUUGCCGCACAAAGCAGCAGGAUCAAACUCAUAGUUCAGUAGUGUCCACAUUGCUUGCCCUGAUGGAUGGACUGAAAUCUAGAGGAUCUGUGGUUGUAAUAGGAGCCACUAAUCGUCCUGAUGCCAUUGAUCCAGCUUUAAGACGGCCUGGGCGAUUCGACCGAGAAAUUUAUUUUCCAUUGCCAUCAGUGAAGGACAGAGAAGCAAUACUCUCUCUGCACACAAAAAAAUGGCCUAAACCUGUCUCUGGACCCUUGCUCAAAUUGAUAGCCAAGAAAACUGUGGGAUUUGCGGGUGCUGAUCUUCAGGCCUUGUGUACUCAAGCUGCCAUUCUUGCUCUGAAGAGGAGCUUCCCCUUACAUCAGUAUCUCUCUGCAGCGGCAAAGAGAGGGCCUCAUGUUAAGUAUCCUCCCCUACCCAGCUUUACUGUGGAGGAACAGGAUUGGUUGCAAUCUCUUGUGCAUGCACCACCUCCUUGUUCACGUAGAGAAGCUGGGAUGGCUGCAAAUGAUGUGGUCGCACUACCUCUUCACACCUCUCUUUUUCCCUGUCUUUCUCAACCGCUUUGUGAAUUGUUUGUUUCCCUUUAUCUAGAUGAGCGUGUUUUCUUACCGCAUCGCCUUGCUAAAGCUCUUUCAUUGGUAAAAGACAUUUUCAUCUCUGCUUUGGAUGAAAAGAAAGUGUUCACGGGUAAUUGGUGGGUUCAUAUUCAUGAUUUGCUUAAAGAACCUGAUGUUUACCUGAAAGUUGAGGAUCAACUCUCACGUGCAAGUAUUCUGAUUCGAGAUUCAAGAACUUGUAUGACUGAUGUUCUUGAGGAGAACUUUGAUGUUGAUCACUCGACAUCUGGGCACCAUUCCAAAUUGCACCAUAUGGGUGCUCGUGCUAACUUGAUGCAAAAUAUAUCGGGAAUAAAAUGUGGAUCUAGAAUAUUAGUUUCUGGGAAUCCAAGAUGUGGACAGAGGCACUUUGCUUCUUGUCUUCUCCAUUGCUUUGUUGGCAAUAUUGAUAUUCAAAAAAUUGAUUUGGCUACUAUGUCACAAGAAGGGCAUGGGGAUAUUAUACAGGGAUUGACAUGGAUAUUGAUGAGGCAUGCAAAUGUUAGGAGAUGCAUGAUAUUUUUGCCAAGGUUAGAUUUAUGGGCUGUGGAGACUACUUCCAAGGUUUUUGAAACCGAGGAGAAAUCCUUUGAUGAAGUAAACAAAGAAGACACUUUUCCUGUUGCCAAUACGAUGGUAGUGGAGUCUGAGAAUGAAGUAAGAGAGGCGUCAUACAUCUGGAACUCUUUUGUUGAGCAGAUUGAGACCUUAUGUAUUUCUACAUCCUUGACUAUUCUGGCUACAUCAGAUAUGCCCAUUCAAGCCCUUCCUUCGAGGAUAAGACAGUACUUAAAAGGUUAUGAAUUAAAUCAAAGUCGCUCAACUCCAUUAGGGAGUCCUGUACCACAGUUUUCUGUAGAGCUGGAUGAGAGUUUCGAUGUUGAUCUGGUUGUCGAUCUAUUUGCCUCAAGACUGUCAACUAAUUUAGUUGAGCACUUCAUCCAGUUGAUUUAUCGGGAAAAUCAUAUGCCUAUAAUCCCACAAAAUGCUAAUGAUUCUGAUGAAACCAAGGAGGAUAUUCCAUCUACGGGUCCCAACUCAAAACCAGAAUCAGCAAUUGAGCAUGAAGGCAAUCAAUCUUCUUUUGAUAACAUUGUUUCUCCUUUUGCAGCUAACAGUAAAGCUGGAAAAGGGAAAUCGAGUUUGUUGUUAGCAAUUACUACUUUCGGCUAUCAGAUAUUGCGAUAUCCUCAUUUUGCUGAACUUUGUUGGGCCACAUCCAAGUUAAAAGAUGGUCCUACUGCUGACAUAAAUGGGCACUGGAAAGGCUGGCCUUUCAAUUCAUGUAUUAUUCGUCCAAUUAACUCACUGAAGGAAGUUGCUCCCUCUACUACCAAUGCCAAAAGCAAAGAAAGUUAUGGUAUAGUAAGAGGCCUGGUAGCUAUUGGGUUGUCAGCAUACACAGGAAAAUAUGUUUCACUUGGAGAAGUAUCUUCUGAUGUUCGUAGAGUUCUGGAGCUUUUAGUUGCGGAAAUUAAUGACAAAGUUCAGGGUGGUAAAGACAGAUAUCAAUUCAGCCGUCUCUUAUCUCAAGUGGCUUAUCUUGAUGACAUGGUAAGCAGCUGGCUUUACAUGUUGCAGAGUUCAGAGGUGGAUAGCCGAUGCUCAGGGCCAAAAGCAAACUCAACAUUUAACUCUGUGGGACAAUCAGGAGAGUCUAACCCUCCUAGGAAUGCUAGUUUCGAAGGUGAUGAUGAUGCCUUGCAUGAAGCAAGGACAGUAGUAGAAGGUAAUAAUGUUGCAGGUACAGAGUUGACAUCUCAGUCAAUGGAGAUGGACCACUGUACAGAAUUUGGAAGCGUUGCAGCGGCCCUUGAAUCAAAUACUAAAAUAGUUGAACAAAAUGGUGUUGUAAAUGUAGAAGUUAAUCCUGGUGAUCAAGGCGAAGAAGGUGCCUCCCAGUUGGAAGAUAUAGUGGGUUCUGCAGUUGCUGUGCCUUCCUCAAUUUCGGUGAAGAAUGGUUUCACUUGUGGUACUAACAACCCAACUGAUACAGUGUCUCAUAAAGGUGGUAAUUGUGGGCCGCCAGCUGUAUAUUGUAAUGGUCAUGCAGAGCCAAAAAAUGUCAAUAUUCAAGACCAAGAGGACGUUAAUGAUAUUUGUGGCACUGAAAAUAAUGUUACUCUUGAAGAUGACAAGACUGAGCCUUGUGAUGGCAUCAAUGUUAAUAAAGCUACUCUCAUUCCAACAGUGUGCUUCUUAGGUUGCUGCAAUGAGUGUCUUCUGAAACUUCAACGCUUGUUAAGGGAUCGGGUCAAAAGUGAGUUAGGACAUGUGGGUAAAGAUUGUAAGGUAGAGGAUGUUAAUGAUUUUGUGGCCUCAUUAUCUGCAAAGAUUCAUUCAUCUCUUAGUUUGUGGCUGCUAGCUGAGAGUUCAGGCUGUGCAUUGAAGAUGACCAAAUGUAGUUGCCAUGGUGGUGGUACUGAUAGCACUGUAAAUACAAAUUUGGAUCCAAGUCAGAAUUCACAGUUUAUAUUUAGAGAUGGUGUACUAACCAAUUUUGAGAAAUGCAAGGAUGACACUUUUCACUGCCAACUUAAUAAGUUAUGCCUUCAUUCCCUUAUAGAGUGGAUAGAACGGGGGAAGAAGCCAUAAAUUGACUGGGACAUCCCUUCAGCUUUGAUCGAACAUCAUCCCGACAUAUAAAGUAAAAAGUUUUGUCUAAUUUUAAGUUGUCAUCCUCAGUGACGCUGUUUUGGUUAUCUUCUUUUAGCCUUGUCUUCCAUGUCACAUUGGUAUUGUACGAGUAAUUCCUUUGGUAGAUGGAAUCAGUUGGUGUAUACACUGGUAAUCCUCAGUUUUUUUUUGCGAAGCAGAUUUUCAUGCAAUCCUCUAAUUGGAAGAUUUUGUUCUAUGUGCUAAAUUUGGCUUAAUAAACUUUGCCCCCAAUCCCCAUAAAUACAUGGCGUGUGUUUGGAAUGA